AUGAAGUCAGAGCGGAUCCUGCUGCCUACAGGUGUCUUGGACAGCCUGCAAGCGGCAGAUGAUGAGGCCCCGUCUGCUGUCUUCUCACCUGCCUCGUCCACUUCGGCCUUACAUCUCUAUGGCGGAUCAUCGACAACCUCUUCCACCGGCGCUGCUUCACAGAGCAAGGAGCAUGUUCCGCAGCCUCGAUCAAGACGAGUCAAUGCGCUCAUACACGACUAUAGCGUCGUCAAGACGGGCAUCAGGCUCGCUGGCUUUCAGGUCUACUGCGUUGAGCAAUGGCUCGUCGACCGCCAGCGCCUCACACCUGGUUUGGUGGUCUACACGGGCGGGACAGACGAUGUCAUCUCUGUGGAUGUACUCGAGCCGACUGAGACUCGCUCAGAUGGUAUGAGCGAUCUCGAGUCCUCGCUCAGAAGUGAAGGCGGGCGGCCCAAGCAAACGUCGCUUGGAUUGAUCUUCGUGACCUCGCUGGCCAAUCUACAAGGCGAUCGCUCGCUUGUGUCCAUACCAGGCGGACAGGUGACGCAGCAGAUAAGGGACACGCUCUAUCAGAACUUAGCGCUCAGGCGACUUGGACUGGGCGGGCGAUCCAGUCUAUCGCUCACCCCACCUGCGACAGCACAACUUGAGCGGUUCGCGCAGCUCUAUCGGCUGCCAUACUCCUUGGCUAGUGUUCAAGAGCUAGAGAACAAGCUGCUCGACGUGAUCGCGAUCGUACAAUGCGCGCUCGCGCUUUUUGGCCUGGGCCCCCUCGUGCCUCCGCAAAAGCACUCGCUCUCGCACCAUCAGGCGCUGCCGAAUGAAGGCAUCGACCAGCUCGCGCCCGAUGGACUGCUCUGUGAAGAAACGAUCGCAGGUCUUGCAGAAUGGAAUGACAUCUUCAAUCAGCAAGCAACAUCAAAUCCAGCUUCAUCUGCGCAGACUGCACCCGCUGGUCUUACUUCCAGCUCCCAAAUAAUGACACCUUCGACCCUUGCUGGUCUUCUGACAAUCGUGGCGUCUGUUCGGGCUAAAGUCCAUGCGCUAGGCUAUGCACAUCCGCCGAAAGAUCCUUUUGUCUCUCGCCAUCGCUUCCUCUCUACGUAUACCCUGACGAUACAAGCACUUGGGCAUCAAGGUGCACAAGUCAGCCACGCUCAUCAGCUUCUGUACCUUACUCCGCCAGGCAUAGCCGCACUGAAGCGGACUGUCGAUGACCGGAAAGCAGAAUCAAUGCGAGUCGGUAAAAUGCUGCGUAACCGGAUCGAUGAUAUAGCCGAUCGCGGGCUCAACCCAUUGUCACGGACGGACCCAGGUGCAGCUCGCAAUGCUGCUGAGAACAUUGAGGAUGGCACCUUCGAUCUCGAUCUCGCUGCACGAUCACUCAAUCAAGGGGCGUGGUCGGAGGUCUUCACGCUUGCCAGCCUCUGGUCUACAACGGCUGCUAAGAGACGACAACAUCACAAGCGCACAAGCAGAACAGUACGAAUCGGAUUACACCGACAUGGUCGAGGGUCGACCGCUCAUCUUUCGGCAAAGGAUGGAUAUACCUCGAAUGAUGCGACGAGCGAUACGGAUGCCGAAGCAGCGCACCGCCUACCGGGACGAGUCUUGCGAGGCUUCCACGAUCGCACAGCUCGGGCCUUUGCCUCGAAUGCAGACCAUUCGCGAGGACCUAGUCCGCAUACAACCCAUCAAGAUCCUGCUGGUGCAGCACAUGUGAUGACGGCAUCAGACAGUCAGGCCAAGCGAGAUUCCGAGCAGCAAGAAGAUGAGAGGCCGCGAGCACCCGUGCUAUCUCGUGCAUUGACAGAUGGCGACACCGAGGCAUAUCAGUACUUUGCUACGUCCUACAGCGAUCUGCCAACAAAAGAGACCAGUACUGCGUCUGACUUGACCCGACGUCAUUCGCUUUCGCAUCUCUGUGAGCUCAAUGGUGUAGGCCGGACGAUGUCGCCACAUAGCAUGAAGCUCGAUAUAGAUCUGCAACAUGGCUACACGGAGCUACGUGCUAAGGAGCUUGAGAUGCAGACCAUUAUCGAGGGUCUAGAGGCAUGCUAUUGCGUUGCUUCGGCUCAUCAGAGCUCAUUAUGCCCGCAGGCGAUCGACAAGUCGUACGGCGAGGCGAUACAAUCCUUCGAGCUUGCUUUGACGCGGCGACGCGAAGCGAUCGAGUCGCUGGAGGAAGAGGCGCGCAAGGCUAUCGAGAUGAUGCGCAGUGUUUUUACGAGUAACAGCGCCAUCGCUACGCUAUCAGUCGGUAACGAGCGACUUCGUUAUGCCUCUGCCAUCUUGACGGACAAGAAAGCAGACAUCGAGUCCUUCCCCUUUUUACGCAGGAUGCAGGAGCGUGCGGGAGACCGAGGCACAAUGCAGCAUCACUUGCGCUCGAUGUCCGAGAAGCUCCCGUCGCCCCAAGCUCGCACGAUGAUCGAGAAGAUCGCAGAUGCCAAAGCUCACCUCUAUGCUUUCUUUGGCAGAUCUGUUCCCACGCCGCCCCCGACAUUUCCAGGCGGCUCUAUCAUUCAGCCCACAGUUGUCGUCUCACCGCCUGCGGACUACUAG